AUGUCCAUAGAGUUUUCCAGUACCGAUCCGUCAACCCCGGUAUACCAUAAACCAGCGGAAGCAACAACAAAUUGCAAUGACCUUUUAGUAAUGGUCCCAGGUAAUCCCGGGCUUGUGAAGUAUUAUAUUCCGUAUUUAAACCUUAUUCAAAAAUCUAUACCACGAUUUGAAGUAUAUUGUAUCGGAUACGCAGGGUAUUUUGAUAAAAGUUCGAAACACUCAACUACUUCAGCUAAAGUUUAUAAUGUCGACGAGCAAAUUCAUCAUAUGCAUCAAGUUUUAAAACAAAUCAUUUUGAACCAUUGGAAGAAAGAUCAAGAUCGACCACCAAGAUUGUUUUUCCUAUCACAUUCAUUAGGUGCUUUUAUUACGCAACGAAUAAUUAUCAAACUUUUCGAGGAUAAUGAGCUCGCUUCCACCAAGUUUAAAGUCCAGUUCAACGGGAUGAUAACCCCUACAAUAUACGAUAUUGCCGGUUCAGAAUCGGGCACGAGUUUCACUAAAAUGAUGAACUGGAAAAUUCCCAUUGUUGGUACAGCACUUGUGCUAUCCUCAAUUCUUUCAUUUGUUCCACUCUGGGUUCAACGAAAGAUAUUGACAAAUCAUUUCCAAGCACCCCACAAAAAUGAUGUGUUGGCAGAUACGGGACCAGGCGAGAACUAUGGUCUCGAAAAUCUGGUUGAAGCGACUAUUGAGUUGGUAAAUUCUGGCCAAGCUAUUAAUCAAUGUUUGAGCAUGGCAAAGGAUGAAAUGAAGGUUAUUGAUAAUCUGGAUGCAAUCAAUGAUUGGAUAUUUUUGGACCAGCAAAAGCAAACAGAGGAAACAGAAGAAAUUGGAGGGCAAAAGAGAAAAAAAGAGAGAAAUUGCAAAGAGAUAAACAACACCGAGGCAGUGUUUAGCGAGAUGAGAAAUAGGGGAAGCAACACAAAAAUUGGAUUCAAGAACUGGGUAUUUUUUGCACAGAAUGACCAUUGGGUUUCAAACAUUACAAGAAAUUAUUUGUUGGGAAGGUAUCAAAAUGAACAGAGAGUAGGAGUCAAUGGAGGGGAUAAUUCCGAACAAACAGAAUGUGAAGCAGAAACAGCGGUACAAGCAAAAGUAAAAAUAGAUGAAAACAAUAAGAAAGAUAAUUACGCAAAACUGGGUAAUUUGUUUGAGGUGUGCGAGAAUAUCAAAAGACCCAUAAAACAUGCAUUUUGUAUUAAUCAAAGCCAGGAAUUUGCAGAAAUUACCGUUGAUAGAAUAAAGAAGUUGUGUCCUGAUAUUUUAGAGUACUAUUAA